UAGUCAUUUUUCUUGGAAAAUUAUGUUUAUCAAACUCAUGAAUAUUCAUGAUUUCUCUAACAAAUGAUAAAAUGAUAACAUAAUUGCUUUUAUAGCGGUGUUGAUUCCUCAGGCUACACAGAUCGUAGCCCCCCGAGUUGCCGUUCCCGUCUCCAGAUCAGUAAUUAACCAAGCUCGAAUUGACACGGUCGAAACCCCCAUAGUGCGUGCUAUCGUCGCCGCCCCACCGAAAGUUGCAGUCGCGACACCGGUGAACCGUUUAACCGACGUUACGCUCAUAUCGUCCGAAGAUAGAGUGACCAACAUGGACAAAUGCUUCCAGUACAUGAUGACGUCCGCCAGUCCAACAGUAGUUUCGAAGCUGAUCACGCAGUACAGCAGCGAAGGAUAUAUCCCCCUUAUUGGCUAUCCGUAUCAGUGCGAUGAUAAGUACAACUACUAUAAAGUUCCUACGUAUAAUUAUGCUAUCGAGUUAAACAAAAAGAAAGCUAAGAAAGCUUAG